UUGGACAUUGUCUAAUCCAGGCCUGUUCAAAACCCACACAGGCAGUUAGGUUGCUGAAGACCAUGCCAGUAGAGUUUUAAAUAUCUUCAAGGAUGCUGAUUCCAAAUCUUUUCUGAGCACCUUUUCCAUUGUUUCUAAAUGUUCAGGGUUUUCUUCUUUUUUUCCUUUCUCCCCAUCUCGUAUCUGGCUGGCUCUUCUCUCGUUUCUACUUAGGUCUGUUGCAUCUUGUGUUACUGCUGUACAUUUCCAAGAAAGUUCUAGCCUUGCAUUAAACAGUUAGUGAUGGCAACAAGAUCUCCCUUGAGCUUCCUGUUUCUCAGGCUGAACAUUCCCAACUCUCCCAGCCUCUCUUCCUUUAUCAGGUGCUCCAGCACCUCUGAUCACCUCUGUGGCCUCCCCUGAGCUCAUCCCAAUGUGUCUGGUGAGUAACACUCCAGAUGUGGUCUCUCAAGUGUCAGACAGGGGGUCCCUUUCCUUCCUCACUUUUGCUGCACCAGCCUGAAUGCAUGCCUCACAUUCCUGUUCAUGCCUACCAGCACACCAAGGUCCUGCAGGGCUGUUUCCCUGUCAGAGAGCCCAAGUUCUACUGCUGCACUGGGCACUGUAUGAAGGGAGAGACUGAUGAUCAUUUUACAGACUGAGGUUUGCGGCUAUCCCUAACAACCCGUAAUGUACCAUGUAUUAAUAUAUUGCUGGUCUAAUUACAAGCAAUGCAGUCAACUUAUGCAUAGAUGCAAACUUUGCUGAGUAACAACAGUAUCUGAUAAAGGAAGCCAACUUUUCUAAACCACAGCUUGUUAUGUUGAAAUGUUUCAAAUUGCUCUUCCCCCUUGCUCUCCCUGCUUAUUUAUUUCAGCUCUUUAGUGUCAGUUCUGUCCCUGACACCAUCCAAGGAAUGCUUGGAAGUUAUUGUCCUCUCUUGAGAAGGUCUGGUUCCCCCUUGUUUGAAAUGAGAAUUUGAAAUAGGAGAAGACGUCUGAGCUAGACUCUGCUGGAUCUGCUGGAUUGUGGAGGUCGUGUGUGAUGCUGUCACUGGAGAGGAGCUGUUCACAAGUGGCCUUGAUCCAUGUGUUCAUUCACUGAUGUCCAGCUCGUUCCUUCGCAGUCUUACUCAGCAAAGUGCUCAAGGCUUGGGGCAGUGACUGAAGUCAGAAGGAGGUGACUUCUGAAGAUUCCAGGCAGGAUGAAAGACCGUUUAAGUGAGCUGCGUGAAUUUGCCAGAUUACACAACCAACAGUUUUCAGAUAGUGACGAUGAUGAAAAUUCACCUGAGGAUAUUCUCCUUUAUGAGACGGAUUAUGCCUUGGAAAUUCUUCAUAAGGACAUACAGAAUAUCCGGACAGAAAAUGACCACCUAAAAGCGGACGUCAACCGUCUCAGAAAGCAAAACAGCCGCUUCCUUACUUCCAUGCGCCGUCUUAGUAGCAUCAAACGAGAUACUAAUUGUAUUGCCAGAGACAUUAAGAGCCGUGGAGAAAGCAUCCACAGGAAACUGCAGGUGAUGAGAGAUUUCUGUGAAGAUGCAGUAACGAAAUAUGGAGCUAUGUCAGUCAUUGCCAGGGUGGCGAAGAACCACUAUGUUGACCUCAUGCACACAUUUCAGGACGCUAUGUUUGAUUACAAUGCAACAGAGAUGAACCAGCGGGAGAACUGCAAGAUUCGAAUUCAGCGGCAGCUGGAGAUCAUGGGCAAAGAUGUUUCUGGCCACCAGAUUGAGGAGAUGAUUGAGCAAGGCAAAUGGGAUGUCUUCUCUGAGAAUCUCUUGUCGGAUGUUAAGGGAGCUCGUGCAGCCUUGAAUGAGAUAGAGACGCGACACAAGGAGCUGGUGAAGUUAGAAGGUCGCAUUAAGGAAGUUCAUGAGCUCUUUCUGCAGGUGGCCCUGCUGGUGGAGGAACAGGCGGACACCUUUGAUGUCAUUGAGAUAAACAUGCAAAAUGUUGAGGACUAUGUAGGAGAUGCUAAAGACCAAGUGAAAAAAGCUUUGGAAUACAGGAGAAAACAUCCCCUCAGAACAAUCCUCUGCUGCUGCUUAUCAUGUUGCAGAAGGUGAUGGUCCCACUGGAGCUAUCACAGACUGAUUUAAAUGUCUCCAAAAUCAGGUGUUCUUUCCAGAGACUUUUCUGUAAUGACAAACCCUAAAAAUGUGGGGGAUAUUUUGCAGUUGGUUUUGUUCAUUGCCUUUUUACUAAAUGUGCUGAAGGCUGUUUCUAUUUAUGAACUCCUAGAAACGUUGAUAAAACUAUUUUUAAUCUAAUUUUUUUAAAGGCCCUGUUACUUUAACUAGAGGUGCAAUAUCUCUGUAGUGCAAGAAAGAAGAAUGAAUCAUUUAUCCUAGGGAAGAUGGAUACUUUCAAAAAGUAACUUUAUUCUUAUUUGUCAAAAUGAGGCUGUAGGCAGUGAAGCCUUAUUGCCUGGGGUGACACAGCACACCACAGAAUCAGGAGGUAUCAGUUUUAACUAGUUUGGACCUUGCUUGAUGCAAAUUGGACAAAAUACUGAGCCUGGAGCAGGAGCAGGACACAGAACUAAUUUCUCUUUCAACUUGAUUUCCAGACAUCUGGAAUCUCAACAGAAGUGGCUGCACCUUAAAUGAUAAUAUGCACAUUUUGUUCUAUUUGUGUGCAAGUGAUUGUUUCUUCCCAUUUUGAGUACCCAACUCUCUCAAGGUGGCAAAAAGCACUGCAACACUGAGGCAUCUCACUCACUUUUAACUUGAGCCACUCUCUGGACUCUUGGUUUCAAACCUGCCAUGCUUUCAUGUUCUGAUGCAUUUUUCUGCCAAUUAACACUUCAGCCAGAGGAGAAACACGGAGUGGCCUUCUGCAGAAACACCCAUAAGAAGAAAACAACUGUGGGGUUGAGAAAGCAUUUUAGGGUCUCCUGUACUGGCACAUACAUAGAAGCAGUUUCAGUAGAAUGACUGGCCUGUCAGUACACUUUCAUUUUUUAUAAGUAUUAACCAAAUAUAAAUUUUUUAGUAUCUAUUUUAAAUAAGAUGAAGGAUUAUUUUUUUUUAAUAUGCAAUUUUACUGGUGUACAAAAAUUUUGACUUUUCUCCAACUUGUUGGGAAAUCUCCACCCGGGAAAGCAAAUAGAACUAUUUCUUCAGUGCACCUGAAGAAGAAAGAAAACGGUUUCAUGUCAUUUCAGUGCUCUUUCCAAGCUUAAAAGGAAACUCUCCUUUUAGGUAAUAGGAGUCUGCCCUUACACAAGGGCAAACCAGUAGGUUUGGAAUAUUGCAAAGAAAUAAAAAAUGUGCAGCCUUGGUAAGCACUGUCAGUGAAACAUAUUCACAAAGUCUGAUGAUUGAUCACAGCUCCUGCUUCUGCAGGUUUUCCAACUAUAUUUCUAGGUGGCUUCCUGAUACACUGUGAUCUAUUGAUAUCCUUUGAAAUAAUGCAGAACAUUUUUUCAGAAAAUAAUUUUUUUUAACUGCUGGUACCAAUUUUAAUAAAUAUAUUUUAACAUUUCAAAUAUUUUCUAUUUGGGAGUUUUCCUCAGAUGUGCAUAGCUGUACAUCUUCCUGCACCAGUUGCAGUGAAACUUCUCCCUUCUUACCUUUUGCACCCUUAUUUUAUGUGUGAACAAAAACUCGAAACAUUUCUUACUAUUUGUAUUAAUAUAACAAAACAGCAAUAUAAAUCCAACUUCCAAGCUUUCAAAUCUUACUGGGAAACAACUUUAGCCAGACAGGCUUUUUUACACAAAGAGAAACUAAAGGGAUAACUCUUCUCAGAAACUGAGUGUCCCUUUUGCUGUAGCACCUGUCUCUGAUAACAUGGAAGAGUGAGGAACACCAGUCUCCUAAACUGUAAGAUAUUUUGAUGAUCAGUGGUGAUACUGGCGAUAUCAGUGUUAUGCUUGUCUGAGGACCUCUUCAGUGAGGUGUUCAAGUGGGAGAAAAAACGGUGAUGAGCUCAGACCACAGCCAGUGGCUUUGGUGCUACUCAGGAAGACAAAAGUUUUUAUUGUGUAGGUACUGCCAUUAAGUCAGUGGAACUGUGCAUUUGUAGAGAAAUACCCUAAACCUCUGAGAGUCAGCAUGUGGGGAUAAAUCAAUGAAGAAUGAAAUAAUGUAUUUCCUUUCACAUGCAUAUUCCUAGCACUUGCCAAUGUUUUUGAUAAAAAAAUA